GCUACUAUAACGUUUAUGUAUUUGAAUUUGCAAAAAACGAAAAGAUGACUGUAAGCUUCUUCACCAUUUACCAGACUUUAAGUCAGGCAGAUUGUUGGCCACCUGUUACAGGGAUCAGCUAGAGUGAAUCUACAUAAGGACCCUUAGAUCACCUGUGCCAUGUGCUUUUCAGGCGAAGUUUAGUCCUGUUGAGUCCUUCUGUGGCAUCACCCAUGAUGAUGUGACUACCGGAAGUCGUGGUUGUCGUGACGGCGGUUGGUUCUACAGUGGUGACUGGACGGGCGGAGGAGGACCAACGGGCGAAAUUCCACAUGAACCGGUAGCCUCACCGGCGAGGUGUCAGCGGUAAAUGAAGAUUGAAAACUUGUCGUCUUGUACGGUGUGACAGUUUAAAUUUUAUUUAGAGUGUCGGCCGAUAAUGCUGGACGGUGAAACCUGAUGAAGUUCACCAGAGAUAUCUGCCGGCUGCUGGGCUUAGGAGGCGAUGGGCCAGGUGAGGAGGAGAUGGAGGUUCAGGAUGGAGCUCCUGACCCAACAGACAGAAGAAAAGACCAAGGCCCAUCACAGGCGAUGCUGAACAGUGAAGAGGGUUUGGAUGAUGAGGAGAGAACAAGAAGGAGAGCAGAGAGGAGGAGAGCUAAAAGGAAAAGGCAGAAAGAACGGAAGAAACUGGAGAGAGAGGAGAGGAUGGAGGAUGCUUCAGAACAGGAAGAGGAAGUGGCUGGAGCAGUGUCAGAGAGUGACAGUGAGGAGGAAUUGAAAGAGGAGAAGGAAUGGACCGCUGUUCGUCCCAAAAACAAAUGCAGCCCUGAAUCAGUCCCUACCCUUGUCACGUCAGAGGACAAGAGCAACUGCCAGCUGCCCCACAGGACCUCGGAGGAGGAGCCAGAGUGGGAUGUCAGUAGUGCAUUUGUGGCCAAAGCUGCCAGCCACAUCAAACUCAAAACCCUGAAGAACAGAGCAACACAGAUCUCCAGAGAGAACAAGGAGAAUGAGACCAGGAGCAGCCAGGUGGAGAACACAGAAGACAUGAAGAGGAGGGGGGAGUCUCUUACAGUGCAGGGCAUUCAGAUGUUCGGGCAAGGCCAGUACAGCCAGGCAGUGGACAUGUUUACAGAAGCCAUCUACUGUGACCCCAAGGACCACAGGUUCUAUGGAAAUCGAUCUUACUGUUAUUGGUGUCUGGAGCAGUACUCCUCUGCCCUAACAGACGCUCAGAGGUCCAUUCAGCUGGCUCCUGAUUGGCCGAAAGGAUACUUCCGUAAGGGGUGUGCUCUGAUGGGGUUAAAGCGGUACAGCGAGGCAGAGAAGGCCAUUGAGCAGGUGUUGAAGUUGGAUCAGCACUGUAAAGAAGCAUCCAGUAAACUCUUUACUUGUCGGGUCCUGCAGCUCAUGGAUUUGGGUUUUGACGAAGAGCAGAGUAAACUGCUGCUGGAGAAGUUCACCACCGUUCAGGCGGUCCUCACCUCACCCGAGGCCAAAACAAUGAAGCAGACAUCUCAGCAGGACCAGAGUGGGUUUGGUGAGAUAGAGAGCAUCAGAGUUCUCCAUGAGCGUUUCUGUGCCUUCGUCAACUUCAAGAAUGCCAACAUGGCUGCCAAAGCCCUGGAGAAGCUGCAGGGAGUGGAGCUGGGGAGCAGCAAACUGGUGAUGAGGUACCCAGACCGUUGGAUCCAGCGGACCCUGCCCUCCACACAAAGGACCAACACCAGCCUCGGCUCCAACGCUGCAGGAACACAGCAGAGCUUAGCUGCCAUAGGGUCCAGACGUUGUGUACCUAUAGAUGGAGACGUUUGCUUCUACUGGCGGACCACAGGCUGUUUCUAUGGCGACAAGUGCCGCUUCAAACACAUACCAGACCAACAAGGUCGAGACAAGAAACCAUGACAACCCUAACUAUGUCCCCUUCCCUCCCAACCCCAGCACCAAGGCACACUAAAGAAGGAUUUACAAAGAAAAAGGAGAACAGGAACAAGGACAGUGAGCAGAGUUUAGGACCGAGGACGAGAAGAUGGUCUGCCUGAGAACACUGACAGCUGAAUGUGUGUGUGAGAAAGAGAUAGUCAGAUAUGGUAUGUAUGUGAUAGCCAAAGUUAGGGGUUGGGACUCUGACAUGAUGAGGAAUUUUACAGCAUCCAGAGCCCAACCUCAGAGAGAUGCUUAAAGAAUAAAUUCAUGUGAUACCGCAAACCUUCUAAUGUAAGGAGGUCCUCCAUGGAAUUUCACUUAUUUGAAACGUCACUGAGGAGUCUCUUGGCUCCAUUUGGAUCCUAUAAAAACCCUGAUGAACUCCUGGUUUCUGCAUGGAUUUACUUGGACAAAUUCGUUUGGUUAAACCAUAUUGGAAACACUACCAAAACCCAGUUCUGUGACGAUCUUUGUCUCUUUAACACCGCUGUUGAAUUGCUUUAAAGUCAAGAGUUAUUUUCAUAUCUUUAAAACGAGAUGAAACAUUUGAAAUAUGUACUGUACAUAUUUGCACAAAACAAUAAAUCAAUGAAAUCCA